AUGGACUGCAACAAUGACAAUCAUAUGUGGGACUGGCAAAGUCAGACUUACUCUCUUGAAGAAAAUACAAGCUUAGAUAUACCUGAAUGCCUAAUGAAUGGAAUAAAUGAAAAUGAAGAUCUCUCUUACAUGUUUGACGAUGAAACUACCCCUGUUAAGGCCUGUGGAGAUGUGGCGUAUCAAGUAACUAGCUUUGAAAUUGCAGACAAAGAGUUGGAGAAACGAGGGGAACCUUCUUCACAAGUAAAAAGACGCCGAAUGCUACAGUUCGAGUCUGAAGUUUUGGAUGCACCUCUUUACAACGAUGAGGCAUUUUUAAGAUCAAAGGAAACAACAGAGUCUCUUGAAUUGGCUUCAUCUGAAAUGUCACAGUGGGUUGGCGGAUUUACAGAAGGCACGUAUGAUUCCAGUAAUGAGUGCUUGGACCCGUCAUCUGAAGGAUGGCUUGCUGAUUGCUUUAUUGAUUCGGAGAUGCAAUAUAAUUCCGAGGACAUUUGUGUGUCAGGGGUAUCUGAUGUUCAGAUUGAUAUCACAGAGCUUUUUGACGCCCCUCCUGAAUACGAAGCUAAUGCAGUCCAAAAACUUCCCAUUCGCCCUCACAAAAACAUUGUUUUCAAAGGUCGAAAAUCAUAUAUGCAGACUCCUCCUAAAUUAGGUUCAUCUAUAGUCUAUCCAUUUGCCUUCAUUAAACCGUGUGGCAUGCACGGAGACGUGACUCUGAAAGACAUAAACCAGAGGAUCCUUACUCCAUCAGAACGUGAGGAAAAUAAUGAAGAUCAUGCAGUUUCUUAUCCAACAUCUGCUAUUUCUGGGAAGCCUGUAGUCGGGAAAACUAAAAUUCGUACUGAAGGUGGAAAGGGCAGCAUUACAAUUACGAGAACCAAAGGGUAA